AUGGCUGUCCCACCACCAGGCGAGUCGGCCCUGGUCGACCUGAUCAACUCGUUGCCCGAGCAUGAGGGCACUUGGGGCCCCCCGAUUACCACCGAGACCACCCUCAACGGCGUUCCCUACGCCCCAUUCUCCAAGAGCGACAAGCUCGGUCGCAUGGCUGACUGGACCGACAACAAGGAUGGCAGAGACGGCCGUGGUGGCAGACAGCAAUUCAACAGGAACUUUAGAGACCAACAAGUCUAUGGUGCCGGUUCCGCUUCUCUGUUCACUCCUCCUGUCGCCGAGGACGAGGCUUCCUUCUCCGUUGUCUCCAACGUUCGCGACUCAACCAAGACCCGCUUCGGCCGUGGUGCCGUUUUCACCCGUGGCCGCGGUGGCCAGCGCGGUGGAAGGGGAGAUUCCAGAGCCGCCGGUGGUCGUCAACAGUUCCAGCGUGCCGGUCGCGGUGGGCAAUAUGGCGGAGGCUAUGACAACCGGGGCGGUGCCCGCGGUGGCGGCAAUGCUCGCGGCGGUCGUCGCUUUGGCUGGAAGGAUUACGACAAGCCUGCUCGCAACCGUGAUGCUUCGAUCAACAUCAAGCCCAACUGGACCUUGCUUGAGGAGAUUGACUACAACCGUCUUAGCAAGCUGAACCUCGAGACGGACGAGGGUGAGGAUAUCGACAGCUACGGUUUCGUAAAUGCCUACGACCGCUCCUACGACAAGCCACCAGUCAAGAACUCGGAGCGCAAGCUUCUUGCGCUUGACCGUGCUGCCUACAACGUCACGACCUCUGUGGAUCCUAUCAUCCAGGAGCUCGCUGACAAGGAGGAGGCCACCAUCUUUGCCACUGAUAGCAUUCUCUCGAUGCUGAUGUGCGCCCCCCGUUCCGUCUACUCUUGGGAUAUCGUCAUUGUCAGACAGGGCAACAAGGUCUUCUUUGACAAGCGCGACAACGCCGCUCUUGACAUGGUCACCGUCAACGAGAACGCCGCCGAUGCGCCGCUCGAGGCUUCCGAGGGAUCCAAGGAUUCUAUCAACCAGCCCACCGCGCUCGCGGAGGAGGCUACCUAUAUCAACCACAACUUUGCCAACCAGGUUGUGCUUGAGCAGCACAAGGUCAGCAUGGCUCACGAGAACCCCUUCUACUCCCCCGAGGAGUCCGUGCCCCCUGCGUCCAAGGCCUACAAGUACAGACGGUUCGAUCUUUCCACCACCGAGGAGAGCCCCACUUAUCUUAUCGUCCGCACCGAGUUGGAUGCGGUGCAAAAGAGCGCUCUCAACAACGAGAACCAGUUCGUCACUGUCCACGCUCUCAACGAGUUUGACAGCAAGGCUCAAGGCAGCGGUGGUGGCCUUGACUGGAGGACCAAGCUUGUGUCUCAGCGUGGUGCUGUAGUCGCCACUGAGAUGAAGAACAACAGCUGCAAGCUCGCCAGAUGGACUGUUCAGUCUAUUCUUGCCAAGGCUGAUGUCAUGAAGAUUGGUUUCGUGUCUCGCGCGAACCCCAAGACCAAUGACAAGCACGUCAUUAUUGGCGUUGUUGGCUGGAAGCCUAAGGACUUUGCCAACCAGAUGAACCUCCAGCUGUCCAACGGCUGGGGUAUCGUUCGUACCAUCGCCGACAUGGUUCUUCAGCAGCCAGAGGGCAAGUACAUCUUGGUCAAGGACCCCAACAAGAACAUCCUCCGACUCUACCAGGUCCCUGCUGGGAGCUUGGAUGACGAGGAGGAGGAGGUCGCCGAGCCGGUUCAGGAGGCGGAGGAGUAG